UUUUUACACCUGCCUUUGACUCACUCGGAAUGUGUUCACCUGUGUUCUGUACCUGUAGGUGAAAGAGUAUUUGCGUUCUGUUCACCUGUGUUUAUCUAUGUUAUAUACAGUACUUGUCGAGGAAGAAUUAAUUAUGUUAUUUUGUGCUCACCUGUUUGGUACUUAUGGGCGAUGAAAUAAUUGUGUCAUCUGUGUUGACGAGCAGGUGAAGGACUGGAUGGUGUCAGUGAUGAACCCGGCCAUACAGAGUGAUACUGAAGGCUGGUCUUUCCCUGACUCCAUUUCCCCCCUCGACUACAUGAUGACCAAGGUCCGGCAUAAGCUGAGGGUGUUGGAGAAAGACCCAUUGCAGGUGGACCAGGUGGCCGUGUAUCUGGGGUUUGGUGUAACUCUCAAGGUGGACGACAUGGUGGUUGUGGGGAUGUCGACGCUGCACAGGACACAGGAGGUGUAUCUCAAACUGGUCGACAACACCAUCGACGUGGUCAUACAGGUAGGCACGCGGGGGCUGCAGGUGACGGGUGACUGGUGGGUGCCUUACCUGCCGGGUGUUGGGGGUCACCUGUGGGCGGUCGUUAGCAGCUUCAGCGUUACCUUCGAGUUACAUCAGAAGGUGAACUUUAGAAGCCCUCCGACUCUAAGGACCCUUGACUGUCAUGUCGGUGACAUGGAGGUACAUUCGACAGGUAUGGGGUCUUUGGAUUACCUGGUCGAGGCAUCAAUCAACAUCUUGCCCAACGUCUUCAGAAACGAGAUCUUGAAGCAAUUUGAGCCUCAACUCUGGAAGAUGAUCCAGGAACAGCUGACCUUAGUUGACCUGAAAAAGGAGAUACUGCAGCAGGUGGUGAGGAUUGAUGGGUGGUGAGGAUUGAUGGUGGUCACCCCUCAACACAGAGCCAGGGAGCGUGAGGGCUGUGUACCAGAGAUAUAAACACAUAAAUAUCUUUAUAAAUAUAUCAAUAUAUAGAUACGCAAUGCAAUAUACUGUAUAUAUGAGUAGUUGUUAUUUGUAUUUGUAAUUUCUUCAAUAAAAUAUAAAGAGUACAGGU